GACCAGGGGAGGGAUUGUGCCCCUGCACUCAGCAUUGUUGAGGUCACACCUCGAAUCCUUGGUUCAGUUUUGGGCCCCUCACUCCAAGAAGGACAUUGAGGGGCUGGAGCGUGUCCAGAGAAGGAAACGGUGCUGGGGAAGGGGCUGGAGAACAAGGGUUAUGAGGAGCGGCUGAGGGACCUGGGGUUGUUUAGCCUGGAGAAAAAGGAGACUGAGGAGAGACCUCAUUGCUUUCUGCAGCUCCCAGAAAAGAGGUUGUGGUGAGGUGGGUGUUGGUCUCUUCUCCCAAGUAACAAGUAAUAGGAUGAGAGGAAAUAGCCUCAAGUUGCACCAGGGGAGGUUUAGAUUGGGUAUUAGGAAAGAUGUCUUUACUGACAGAAUGGUGAAGUCCUGGCAGAGGCUGUCCAGGGAGGUGGUGGAGUCUCCAUCCCUGAAGGUGUUGAAAAGCAAAAUGUCUGGAACUGAUGAUUUUUCGUUGGCAGAUGCUUUACCAGAUCAGUCGCCUGCUAAAUCCUCCAAAGUGAGCAGUACAAAACCCGGUCAACAGCCUGGUCAGCCACCGCAGGGUUGGCCAGCUUCUAAUCCUUGGAACAACCCAAGCGCUCCCCCUACAGCGCCAACCGGACUGCCACCAAAUACAUCUGCUUCCAGCGUGCCAUUCGGACCUCCACCAACAGGAAUGUAUCCUUCAAUGCCCCCUGGACCGCCUGCUCCAUUUCCUCCUCCUCCUACUGGACCCGCUUGCCCUCCUCCUGGUGGUCCAUAUCCACCCCCAACUGUGCCAGGUCCUGUCCCACCAGGGCAGUAUCCUCCGCCAAAUAUGCCCUUUCCAGAGCUUCCAAGACCUUAUGGUGGUCCAACAGAGCCAGCUGCACCUCCUGCUCCUGUUGGGCCAUGGGGAUCCAUGCCCUCUGGAGCAUGGGGACCAACAAUGGGAGGGCAGUAUCCUGCACCUAGCAUGCCAUAUCCACCCCCAGGGCCAUAUUCCACUCCUACCCAGACUCCAGGGGCCGCGCCAACAGUACCAUGGGGUACGGUCCCACCUGGAACAUGGGGACCUUCACCGCCAGGUCCAUUUCCUCCACCCACAGGAUCAUAUCCAGCUCCAGGACUAUAUCCUACACCCCCUAAUCCUUUUCAAGUGCCAUCUGGUCCUGCUGGUGCUCCGUCAAUGCCUGGUGCUCCCCAUCCUUACCGUUGAAUACAUUCCGGGCAACAAAAUACUGUAGCUUUCCACCUUCAUCCGCUACUUACAGAGAUUUUUACAGUUUUUGUUUCGGUAAUGUUUGGGGCUAUGAAGAACACUUGCCUCUCGUGUGUGCGUUUGAGGUAUGAAGGAGCAGUUGACGUAAAUUUACCUUGCUUGUACGCUGGUGUAAUCGUUUGGUUUAAUAAAAUGAAUCACAAAGAACAGAAAUAAAUAUAACAAUAACAUCUGUGGUUCUUAUGUUGGCAAGCAUUCCUUGGAAAAUGGGAGUUGUCAAGUAAGGAUUAUAAAGAAUCGGGCCCAAGGACUUAAAAAAGUGACUCCUUAUAUUUCCAUGAAUGCUUUAAAUCUUGUUGCCAGCCUUGUGCUGGUCACGGAAUGGGUGGGUAGUCAUAGUCUGUCUAUUUUCAGGUCACUCUAAAAUGUUAAUGAAGUAUUUCAAGGAUUUUUUUUGUCAAGAAAUCUAAUUUUUGAACACGCUACAGUAAUUCAAAGUAAAGAGGUGGAGCGUGUGAACUCGAAGGCUUUCUCAGCAUUUUGUACAUACUCGCAAGGAUCACUCGGUCUGGGACUGCGGAAGAGAAGAGAACGCACUUGAAAUACUCAGUCUGACCUGUCAGCACGCUGUUCGUGUUCACAAACAGGCGUUUAUUGUGCAAAUUAAACAACCUGGAUGUGCAGUUAACUUUGAAUCAACAAAUGUGAGUUUUAUGCAUGCCAAUGAGGACAUUGUUUUGCCAGUUCUCAUUCUGUGGUGGUUGGAAGUUUGGCUUGGUCUGUGUAAAGAGAAACUGAUUCCCACUUAGGUAAGAUUCCCUUCUUGUCAUUUAAAAGUUGACUUUGCUGCUGGAUUGUUAAAUUCAGCAGAUUUCAGAGUCCCUGGAAACUGAACUUGAGCUUAAGAUCAAAAAAACCCAACCUGACAGCUCCCUUCCCAGCAGUUUUUGGCCUGGGAUUAGUUCUGUCGGCCACGAAAAUCCUUGGUAUCGCCCUUAUUGCUACGGUUGAGAACGAGGAGGUCUCAUCAGGGCUCCGCCAUGUGUUUUAAUGAGGAGAAGUCCUCUGUUCUCAGCCGGGUGUCUGCAUACCUCACUGAGCAGCUGUAAUUCAGGAGGAACUGAAUGUGGAGAAGCCUGUGCACUGCUGGGUGGCCGCCCCUCGGAAAGGGGCUCCACAGUGAGUCUUCGUAUUCUUGCCAUAUCUGUGCAAAGAGCACGCGAGGGGUUUGCUGUGAUGCUAGUUCAGCGUUACCGAGACACAGCCACGUGUCGGUGAGGAGUUCUGACACUUUGUGGUACUUCAUAGCCUCGACGUCGAUCACAGACGGUUUGUCUCAUCCCCAGCCGGGGAUAUCCUCACUCAGCCUCUGUAGGUAGAACAAAAUCUGCUUAACAUGGUUGCUUGUUAGGGAGUCUUUGUGUCAUGGAACUGUGAAAGCGAGUUAAUUCUCUUCCAGUACCUUAUCGUGGCUUCCUGCAUGCAUGUGAUGGACUUCAUAAAAACAAAUGGGGUGACCCGGUGGUGAUGUCUUAGCCUUUAUGGCAAUGGUUUUGCAGAAGCGAGCGGUCAGCUUAGCUGUGGCUGUUUUAACCCGAUGUCGUGAAAGCUAAUAGCAAAGGUACGUGUCUUUUUUGCUUCAGGAAGAUAAUAAUGGAGCUGAACAAAAAUACUUAACAUUUCAGCUUAAAACCUAGCGCCCGUAGCCCUAGAAACAGGAAUCAAAAGCGCAAGCCCUCACUGACCUUAAACAAGCCCCGUUUGCCCCCCCGAAACAACAGGAUCUUGGCAAGACCAAUUAAAAAUAAUCAUAACAGAACACUGACUGCAUUUGCUCAAGUGCUUUUUUGAUACCUGCAGCCUUAGAUUAUAAAUCGAUGUAAUGAACAAAUAUUUAUUCCAAAUGAAUGCGUCAUGCGGCAGCAGCGCUCCAGUUUGAAAUUGCACUGGCCGUACGUCUUUGCGGGGAAUGGGAAGAAGUAGAAAAGGAUAAAGCAAACGUAGCGAGUAAUGAGGUUUGGAAAGGGGGUUUGUAAAAGUAAGUAGAUUUGUAGGUUCUUCCUGAAAUAGGCAGGAUUUAUUACUGGAACAUUUAGGCUAAAAUUCAGUAUAUAUGGGAUGUUUUUAAAUGUAUAUUCGUAUUUCUUGAGGCCAUGAAAACCGUUUUCAUAACCCCUUUGUUUUUGUGAGCAAGAGUUCUUUGCAUAGCAGUGAAAAGGGUAUUCCUGUUGAAUCUAUCGUGUAUAAAACCUCCAGUUGUCACUAUAUACGGUGUAGUAACUUUAUCACAUGUUAUGUCAAGUGUGAGCAACUUCUGGCCUGACGCUUUCGCAAUGGAAUUUGUACAUUUCUACGCAUCAUUUGAGUUCAAGCGCUGAGGAGUUCAUUUUGACUUGUGCUUGGAGAUCGCCAUACUGCAUUUGUUUACAAUAUGGAAUACAAGCAAUCACAUCUUUAAAGUAGAGAUUAUCACCUGCUGCUGUAUUUUCUUUAGACGAAACAAAUAUUGCUGUAUGAUAGUGAGGAGCUAUAAAUACAGGAUUUGAUAUUUUUUUGAAAAUGCUGUCACUUUUGUAUAAGAUUAGACAUUAAACGUAUUUUCAAGACUGUCGCGUUCACUGUUUUUCAAUUACUGCUUUUGACGUGCUUAUGUAGACUUUUGCCUUGGAAUGAACAGUAAAAACAGGACAUCCUUGAUUUGCAAAGACUGAAUAUAAAAUCAGAAUUAUUUGA